AGAACGUCGUCCUAAUAAAGAGCAGAAUCCAAUUCCCAUGUUUCAGGUGAAGCUUCUUUCUUUCUUUUGCUUUUUCUUCCUCUUUUUGGUGGAAGCCGAUCUAAAGUGGAUAAUUGGGCGGCUCGUCGGAUCUGGAUGGGUGGGCAAGGAAGGAGCAGCUCGUGACGGCUCUCCCCCAACUUUUCCUGCUCAUUAAUGGUGGCUUUGGACUCUGUUUCACGUGUCACCCAAAAGGCAUGCAGUAAUACCACUUCACGGGAAAGAUAUGAUUCAUGACGUUCCUUUUCCGCUCUUCUUCUCACGUAGCCUGUAAUAUUACACCGAAGUACUAAAAUAAAAAUCAGUUUAAAACAUAAUUGCGGUGAGCGUGGAUCGAACACGCGACCUUCAGAUCUUCAGUCUGACACUCUCCCAACUGAGCUAUCCCCGCUUUGUGAUUUGCAUUGCUAUGUAACCUAUUUAAGGUUUAAUAAUAUCUAUCAAAAAUCCGAGGUAAAAUUUAUAGCAUAAAUAACAAAUUUCACAAUGAAUAAACAGUUUAGGCAAUUAAAAUUUCAUGUAGAAGAAGAGAUGCUUCUUUUCCCACUAAGACUCUUUACAAUCGUCCGUUCGGCCUGUGGAACUCAACAUUGGGCCUCCAGACUCUGUAUCGGGCCUCUUUCAUGGCCUUAUUUGGUUUACGAAUCUGGCAAUGUUUGCCAUACUUAUGAGUCGAUUCUUAUCCACGAACUGGGUGGACUUGCUGACGUCGAUGAAAUCCGACACGAGGCACCGACCGAAUUGCAGCACGAGACGGAUGGAUCCCACGUGCGGGCGAGAUCGAGGCCCAAAUGUAUCCGUGGAUUGCGUUUGAUGGAAUUCCCAUAGAAGAUUCAGAAAUCUAGGCGUUUGGCAGGGGAAUGACUAUUUGUGGUCUGCUGUUUCCAGUUGACCGAUAAAGCCGCGUGAUACGAUCCUAAUUCCUCUUUCCUCCACCAAAUCCUGCAAUUGAAUUCUUGAUCAUCGAAAGCCCCCAGUUGUUAAUGAUGCCUUCAGCGUAAAAGCCUGCUUUGGACGAACAUUUCCUAUACUUAAAAAGCUCCCCUUCUCCUCGUUUUUCUGUUCUCUUUUAGCCUUCUCCUUCGCCGGGGGCGCAACGGUCGGAAACCGGAGGAAAGAGAUAGAGAGAAGCAAAGAAAAUAUAGAAAAAUCAGCUUUUGAUCUGGUGAGAGCAAAUGAGAAGCAGGAAUAGGAAGGAGAAGCCAACCCUAAGCUUGAGAUUUGGUUCUCGACGGCAGAAGAAGGGGAGUCGAGGGAAGAGAUCGAGCAUAAAAGUAUGGAGCCGCUGGUAGGAGUGGUGGCAUUUCUUGUCCGGUUCCUUUUUUCUUGAAAGGAUUCGUAGAAAGAGGGGAAGGGGAAAAGGGGAAAGAUGGUGGUGGAUGACUGCUGCUUUUUCAACAAGGAUUCACUGGUCACAAAGCCUUCAAAGAAAUAUCCACUUGUGCUGUGGAUGGCAAUAUUGGGGUUGAUCAUGAUUAGUGGCGUCUAUAUAUUCUCCCUAUGUCUGAAACUAAGAGUGUUUGUAGUAACCCCAAAUCAGUGGAAGGGGAAAGCGACAAAGCAAACCUGUCAUGAUCUUCGCAUCCCACAGUCUGAGCUUCGUUAUAUGCAUUAUCCAGAACCGACUACUUAUAGUAGGAAAGAAUGCACUUGCACACCAGUUCAGUUCUUUGCUAUUCUAUCGAUGCAGAGGUCUGGGAGUGGAUGGUUUGAAACAUUGUUAAACAGUCAUGUUAAUGUCAGCUCUAACGGCGAAAUUUUCUCUGUAAAAGAAAGGAGGGUUAACAUUUCAUCCAUCACGGAGACACUGGACAAAGUCUACAACUUGGAUUGGUAUAGUAGUGCUUCUAAAAAUGAAUGCACUGCAGCUGUUGGCCUCAAGUGGAUGCUUAAUCAGGGUCUCAUGCAGCACCACAAAGAGAUAAUCAAAUACUUCAACAAGAGGGGAGUUUCUGCAAUACUUCUGUUCAGAAGAAAUCUACUUCGUCGUUUAGUUUCAGUACUUGCAAAUUCUCAUGAUCGGAAUGCCAAGCAACUAAAUGGGACCCAUAAAGCUCAUGUACAUUCCAAGAACGAGGCUGAUGUGCUCGCAAGAUAUAAGCCUACGAUCAACACAACUUUGUUGAUCCCGGAACUGAAGCUUACAGAUAAAUGGGGUGCUGAUGCUCUGGAACACUUCAAGAGCACCCGCCAUAUUCGGCUCUACUACGAGGAUCUUGUCCAUAACAGCACCAAGCUGAUGGAUGUCCUAGAUUUUCUAAGAUUGCCUCAACAAAUGCUUUCCAGUCGUCACGUAAAGAUCCACAGUAAGUCAUUGUCUGAUCAGAUUGAGAACUGGGAUGCUGUCUACACUGCUCUGAAGGGAACAGAGUACGAGAGCUUCUUGAAUGCCGAUUAUCAAAUUUAGCAAGGUAUUAUGAGCAGCUCUGUUGUUGUAAAUAACUUUUUUUUUUUUAUUUUCUUCUUAUACAAGCGGCUUUGACACCGGCACAGGUGUGGUUAGGCAAAUUUUUGUCCUUCCAUUCUAACAGAUUUCUUUCAAAGGUUUCUUGAGCUGUGAGGUCUACUAAUCUGUAAAUCAUUCCAAUUCACAUUCAAAGUUAAUGAAGAUUGGUAUCAGAUUUAGGUGCAUAUUAACUUUUUUGCUUUCGGGAUGUUUCCUUCGAACUGGGAUGAUUACUUGUUUGUACAACAUGUAACAUGGAUUUUUGUGUAAUCGAGAAGCAUUAGUAACGGGCUCUUUAAUCUA